CAGAGCACAACAACACAUUAGCUUCUACUUGGGGAAAGCAGUGCCAUUUGGAAGCAAUGUACAGUGGGAUCUGUAUCUGUCUGUUACUUGCUAUGCUUUCUGCAAGCUCAAAAGCACAUCAGAGUGAAGAUGCAGUAGUCACUGAAAUGGACCAGCUGACCCUUUCACAGCUCCCACGAUAUGCACGGGCAUCCUCUGCUGGACAGAAAAAAUCUUUUCAACGCACUGAUGGCGACCAACGAUCGAACAUUGGAAAUGUGCUGGUCAAAUAUCUGCAGCAAAGCAGGAAAGCAGGUCCUUCUGGGAGAUAUGUUGUCCUGCCAAACCGGCCUAUUUUUGAUCAACCUCAUCGAAUAAAUGACAGAGACUACAUGGGUUGGAUGGAUUUUGGCCGUCGCAGUGCUGAAGAAUAUGAAUAUUCCUCGUGAAAACUCAAAAUAUAUCAAAUGUUCCCCUGUUUCUGUACAGAUGAAAUAAAGUAAUUUGCUGUCUUU